AUGGAUAAGAGCCUUGGUCCCCGAACAAGAAGGGUGAAACGGCCAAAUGAAGGGAAAGUUGCUAAUGUAACACCAGAAGAGAAGAGACCAAGAACAAAUUUUAGCGGUGAACAGUUGACAAGGUUAAAGAGAGAAUUUGCUGAGAAUCGAUAUUUAACUGAACGACGAAGACAACAACUGUCACGUGAUUUGGGUUUGAAUGAGGCUCAAAUUAAAAUUUGGUUUCAAAAUAAAAGGGCAAAAAUUAAAAAGGCCUCGGGACAAAAAAAUCCUCUAGCACUUCAAUUAAUGGCCCAGGGUCUCUACAAUCAUUCGACAGUCCCGUUGACCAAAGAAGAAGAAGAACAGGCUGCAGAACUUCAAGCCAAAUGAUGAGUCUAAAUUUAUAUAUAUAUAUAUAUAUUAAAAAAAACGAAUAAAAAAAAAAGUCAAUUGGGCCAACGUUAAUUCGAUUCGAUGAAGAGGAAUAACUGACAUUUUAUUGAGUCUGUAAGCCUCGGAAUUAUAAAGACUGAUAACGAACGAAUAUAAUCGGAGAUCAAAAACAAAAAAAAAAAAAAAAAAAAAAGAAAACGGAACUGAAACUGCCAAAGUUCGAGCAAAUCUUUUCAGCCUGAGAUAAUUCGUUGCGUCGCAUUUCAUUCGACAAAGAAAUUCUGUGUAAAAAAAAAAUCUUCUGCUUUAAAAAGAUAUUCUUGAAUGGGAGAUGCAUAUAAUAUGAUGUUAACAAAAGUCUUCCAGCAAAUUUCACGUAUAGACAAAAACAAAAUUUUGCAAUUUUUAAACAAAUGGAGAAAUAAACGAUAUAUUCAGAAAAAAAUAACUUUGAAGGUACAACAAAAUUUUGGCUAUUCAAAAAUAAAUUUACCUAAAAUUAAGAGAAAAAUAAAUUUCUAAAAAUAUUUCUAAACUAUAUUAUUUUUUGUGCAAGUUCUCAUUUACAAUAUCGCUAUGAAAAUCAUUGAUCAAAUAUUUAAAAAAAAAAUAAUUUUUAUUAUAAAUAUGUAAUCUCGUUAUUAAAUUUAUAUAUAUUGUAAAUUCUGUUGUGUGUUUGAAAUUGAAAAUCAUAUAAAUAGCACAAAAAAAUUAUAUAUACGAAUAAAAAAAAAAAAAAAUUAAAAAGCAAUGAAGAAAAUUAUUAUUAAUAUUUAAAAACGAAAUAAAAUUAUGAUAUAUAAUGCGACGAAUAUAAACAAUAUAUUGUGCCAUUUUUGUUAUUGACGGUGACAACAAUUCUAUCCAGAUAUAUGUUCUUAUUCUUUUUCCCAGUGCAUGUGCGUGUAUAAAAAAUUUUUUUUAAAAAACAAUACAAUUUCUUUUACUGUCGCGAAUUUUGGUAUGUGUUAUAAAAAUGUUGGUGAUUUCCGCUAUAAUUUAUAAUUGUAAAAAUGUAAAAUAAUACCCCCCCCCUUCUCCUCAAACAAUCCCACGAAGCGACAAAAAAUAAUUGCAACGUGCAAUAGAUUCUUUAUAAAUAAAUAGAGAGAAAAGUUAUAAUAGAGAAAAGCUGUUAGUAGGGUGAUCUUUAAAAACCAACGUGUACAUAACAUUCGAUUUGUAGCUGUAUCAUCGUUUAUAGACUGUUUAAAGUAACUUAGUUAUUUAUUUACUUAUGUAUUAAGAAGCAGAGAAGUACGUACACAUAUAAAAACCACAUUAUGCUUGGUGAAAAUACAAAACAAAAAAAAAACAGUGAUCCUGUACGUGUAAAAUUAUUUAAAAAUCGAUAAAAUACACUUAUUAUCAAGCAAA